AACAGCUAUAUAAACAACACACUAUAUAGUACUAUAUCAGUGCAGUAUCAAAAUCAAAGAAAAGCAACGAAAGUGUCUAGUGUAUCACAUUCACAUCAUUCAUCAUGCUAUCAUCAAAAUCAAAAGCUCUAUUUUUCAUCUUCAAGAUAUUAAUAUUGAAUAUCAUCACACCAGUGAUGAUACAUGCAUGUGGAACAUGCACACCAAAUCCACCGAAACAUCCAAAACAUCCACCGCAUCACGGCGGAGGAAAAGGACGGCCAAUAGUGAUUCCUCCUCCUGUUGUUGUCGUGCCGCCCAUAAUCGUCACUCCACCACUGCUACCACCUCCGACGAUCAUAUAUCCUCCACCAACAGUCUCUCCUGUUUUUCCUCCACCAGCAAUUCAACCGACUUGUCCAAUCGACGCACUCAAACUUGGACUUUGUUUGGAUGUUCUUGGAGGCCUUGUUCAUGUUGGAAUCGGAAACCCUGCGGAGAAUGUGUGUUGUCCUGUUAUUCAAGGAUUGGUUGAUCUCGAAGCUGCUAUUUGUCUUUGUACUGUUAUUAGGGCUAAGGUUCUUAAUCUCAAUAUUUUCCUUCCUCUUGCUCUUCAACUUUUAGUCACUUGUGGGAAAACUCCUCCUCCUGGUUUUGUUUGUCCACCUCUCUAAACUAUAAGAAAGCUCUACAACAUGCAUGCAUGCUGCAUGCAUUAUCCAUAUAUACUUUGUACUAUCAAAGCUUUUAGUAAUUUAGGUAAUGCCUAGUUAAUUUCUCUUCUAAAUCAUGCGUUUUUUCCUUCUAUUAGAAUUUUCGGGUUGAUGUAAUGUGUGUAAGUACUAUAUUAUGCGUUAGUGUAUUAUCUCCUUCUAUC